CUUCAGUGGAGGAGAACACAGAGGCCAGGGGAAGGAGAAAUCGGGGACCCUGAGGAGAGGGCCCCCAGAAAGUACCAGCAGGCACUGGGACCCCCAGCAUGGGAGACGCCAGGCCUUUGUGUGAGCGGGGCGGCACCACGUGGCCUGCCUGCAUCCCCCUCUCCUGCCCAGAGCUCAGCUGUGAAUACCCAAAGGAACACCCUGCGGCCCUCAAUAAAUAUUUGUCCAAUGUGUGGAUGAGUAAAGGCAAGAGCGGGGGCGUGUUUUGGAAGUCCAUCCCCACCCUCCCGGCCGACCACACCUUAGUAGUCACUCCCAGAUAAAACUCUCCCGGCCCGGUAGCUGCCAGGGACAGAGGAGCCGGUGUCGGGGGCCCCCUCGGGACGCGGAGCCAUGCCCAGGUACACGGUGCACGUGCGUGGAGAAUGGCUGGCUGUGCCCUGCCGGGACGCGCAGCUCACCAUCGGCUGGCUGGGCCGCGAGGCCGUCAGGAGGUACAUCAAGAAUAAGCCAGACAAUGGUGGCUUCGCCUCAGUGGACGACGUGAGCUUCCUUGUGCGCCGGUGCAAGGGCCUGGGCCUGCUGGACCACGAGGACCCCCUGGAGGUGGCCCUGGAGGACAACGAGUUCGUGGAAGUGGUUAUAGAAGGCGAUGCCAUGUCUCCUGACUUCAUCCCCUCACAACCAGAAGGAGUUUACCUAUACAGCAAAUACCGGGAGCCUGAAAAGUACAUUGCCUUAGAUGGCGACAGUCUGACCACAGAGGAUCUGGUCAACUUGGGGAAAGGACGCUACAAAAUAAAGCUCACCCCAACUGCUGAAAAGAAGGUGCAAAAAUCCAGGGAAGUCAUAGAUAGCAUCGUGAAAGAAAAAACUGUUGUUUAUGGUAUAACUACAGGUUUUGGGAAAUUUGCCAGAACUGUAAUUCCUGUCAAUAAGCUAGAAGAGCUCCAGGUCAACUUAGUACGUUCACAUUCUUCAGGUGUUGGGAAACCACUAAUCCCUGAGAGAUGUCGGAUGCUCUUGGCUUUAAGGAUCAAUGUCUUAGCCAAAGGAUACAGUGGCAUUUCCCUGGAGACCCUCAAACAAGUUAUUGAAGUAUUUAAUGCCUCCUGCCUGCCCUACGUUCCAGAGAAAGGAACAGUUGGUGCCAGUGGAGACCUUGCUCCACUCUCUCAUCUUGCUCUUGGGCUAAUUGGAGAAGGGAAGAUGUGGUCUCCAAAGAGUGGCUGGGCGGAUGCUAAAUACGUCCUGGAAGCUCAUGGAUUGAAGCCAGUCGUUUUGAAACCGAAAGAGGGCCUGGCGCUCAUCAACGGGACACAGAUGAUCACCUCCCUGGGCUGUGAAGCCGUGGAGAGAGCCAGUGCUAUUGCACGCCAGGCGGACAUCGUGGCGGCCUUGACCCUUGAGGUGCUGAAAGGCACCACCAAAGCCUUCGAUACUGACAUUCACGCAGUCCGCCCACACCGUGGGCAAAUUGAAGUGGCUUUUCGGUUUCGGUCGCUCUUGGACUCAGAUCACCACCCAUCUGAAAUAGCAGAGAGUCACAGGUUCUGUGAUCGCGUUCAGGAUGCAUACACCUUGCGCUGCUGUCCACAGGUCCACGGUGUGGCGAAUGACACCAUAGCGUUUGUGAAGAACAUCAUCACCACAGAACUCAAUAGCGCAACAGAUAACCCUAUGGUUUGUGCCAGCAGGGGAGAGACUAUUUCUGGAGGAAACUUCCAUGGUGAAUACCCAGCCAAAGCCCUAGACUAUUUGGCCAUUGGAGUCCAUGAACUUGCUGCGAUUAGUGAAAGAAGAAUUGAAAGGCUCUGUAACCCCUCCCUCAGCGAGCUGCCUCCCUUCCUGGUGGCUGAAGGUGGUCUGAACUCUGGGUUCAUGAUUGCACAUUGCACCGCAGCAGCGCUCGUUUCUGAGAACAAGGCUCUGUGCCACCCCUCGUCUGUGGACUCUCUCUCCACCAGCGCUGCCACGGAGGACCACGUCUCCAUGGGAGGAUGGGCAGCAAGGAAGGCCCUUCGGGUCAUCGAGCAUGUGGAACAAGUGCUGGCCAUCGAGCUUCUUGCUGCCUGCCAGGGUAUAGAGUUUCUACGCCCCCUGAGAACAACCACUCCUUUGGAGAAGGUCUAUGACCUGGUGCGCUCUGUUGUAAGGCCCUGGAUAAAAGAUCGCUUCAUGGCUCCCGACAUUGAGGCUGCACACAGGCUGCUCGUAGAGCAGAAGGUUUGGGAGGUAGCUGCACCAUAUAUCGAAAAAUACAGAAUGGAACAUAUUCCAGAAUCCAGACCUGUUUCUCCAACAGCAUUUUCACUGGAAUUUCUACAUAAGAAAUCCAUCAAAAUCCCAGAGUCCGGGGAUCUUUAAUCUUUGUCAUAGAUGAGCAGAUCGGAGGGUGCUUGGUUGAACAGCAAGCAGUCUUACGCUGAAGAAGAGACCUAAGGACUUUCCUAAGUAGAUCAAUUGUUCAGUUCUUCUAACACCACCUUUCUUAGGCUGGGACAGCAUUAUAGUCGUUCACUCUAGCACUGUGUUCUUGUUGACCUGGUUUGAGACACAGAAGCUGGUUUCAGAUUAUAGGAGUUUUCUUUCUUCCUUAACAGUAUCAACAGGCCACUUAACAUUAUUUGAACUCAAAUUUUGAAACAGAUUGAUGAUAUUCUUUUCCAUUAGACUUUAAAACAUUAGACUUUUAUGAACCUCUUUUUCGUCUUCUUUUUUUUUUAUGGUUUGACAAGUUCUCCACUAGAUAACUUAGGCUGAUUGAAUUAUACCACGAUAUGAUGAAUGUUCUUUAUGAGGCCUUGAUAACAACUUCUUUUAAAGUCAUAAUUUGUCCUGAAGCUUCUUUCUUCUAUUAAUUGCAUCAUAAUAUAGUCAAUAGGUCAACAAGAGGUUUUGUGUAAAGGAUUGCUAUUGGAGUGGCCCUUAUUGAUAUUUAACAAAUAUCACUAUUCAUCAAAAAAAAAAUCUCAGUUGCUUAAGCUGGAGUUGGAGGUUAGUAUUAUUACCUUCUUACUAUGUGUUAGUACUUUAUUCACAGUCCUAUAACAACCCUGCUUUAAGAAGCCUCCUGUCCCACAAAGAAGGAAUUUUAUAUUCAAAGGUAACCAACCCCUUCUCUAUAAUGGUAAUCAUUAAAAGGAGAAACUAUUGACAGAGGUCGACAGGGCCCUGGGAUGUGUUACCCAGUCUGUUUUUUCCUCAAAAAAGACAAAGGACUGGGAAGCUGGGAAGGCUUAAUUAUAAUCAUCUGGGUGAAAGAUAGGUCAGAUGACCUCUUGGCUUCUGAAGGCGAAGCUCUGUGACUUUGCACCUACUUGUGCGAAGGCGUGCAAGGCACUCCAGGUGCAGGAGCCUGGAACCACGGCUCUCACAACUACAGUAGGCCAAGGAAAGAACAAACACACUUGCCAGCCUGCUUACCCGAUUCCAGCCAAAAAUGGGCCCCACAGUAUAUUUCACAGCAGGGUAUCACUCUUUAGAUGGCACCCUGUCCCCAGGAAAAGGUGGAGACUGAAGUGAAAGUGCUGCCUACAGCAGUUUGGUGACUGGGAAUCUGCUGAGGAGCCUGUUUGCUGAAAGGCUGCUCUGGGUGCUGUCCUUUGCUAAAAUGUCAACAGGCAUGAAUGAGUUUUCUUCAUGCUUAGCCACGAACCCCAGUCAAACCAAUAAACCCAGCGGUCUAAUGGCUGCUCUUCACUCCAGUCUGGGGAGUGCUGGAUCCCCACAGGCCACUGUGGUCUUCCAGGGCACUUUACAAUUGAGUCUUUGAGACAGCUCUGUGAACAAUGGAUUAUCACAUGCUUCAAGGGAACGUCAAGGUAAAUGUGGAAUAAACUAUGUCUCAGUUGUCUUAUGUUGUCACAAUAUUCUUAUAAUUCUUUGAUUUUUAUAACAAAGUUUAGUGCCUCUUUAGGGAAAGGCUUUCUAGCUGCAGUUAAUCAAGUUUCUGAAAGGUUUAGUCAAUGAAUGUUAGCACACGGCCAUGUGUCUUUAGGAAGUAUGGUUGAUUCGGUGUCCUUUCUCUUUCCCGUGGAGUAGCAGCAAGGAUUCGAGGCAUCACGGUUUCCUCCCAGCAGGCUCACCUGGGCUUCUUCCCCUGCUGUCUCAGGGCAGCCAGAGGGCAAGCCCCAAAGCAUUAGGGCUACAGUGCCACCCUUGCUAAUGUCCUGUUGGCCAAAGCAAGUCACCCUCUCCAGCCCAAGUCAGUCUGGGAGAGUAAUACUCGAUGGCAUUAGCAUGUGACUUGCGGUCCAUUACUGUAACGAUCUACCACAUACAUAAAAUCAAACAUACAACCUGAAAAAAUCAAGACACCUUUCAUUACUACUUUAAAUUUGAGUCUCAUCUUUGUAUCUGGUCACUGGAUUAUUAUCGUUUUAUUAAACCUUCUCAUUAUCUCAUGAAUGGCA